GGAUAAGGUAAUAGUAUUAUGCACAGCGCGGAGUAUCACAUGCAAGUAGUGAGAUUAAGAGACAACAAAGAGACUGUUUGAUCAAUCCUUGUCUGAGAGUUACUCUCUCUUUAGUAUUUAUAAACCUAUCUUGAACCAAAAACAAUCAAAUCAAACUCAAAAUUUAGUUUUAAACUCUCUGUUUCUUUCUUAUUUUUUCUUCAUUUUUAGUUGCUGUGAAGAUGGGGAAUUGUUCGCAAAGAGCAGUAUCUGAUGGUGGUGGUUCGGUUACCGUAAUUGCGACAAAUUCAAGAAACAUCCUGGAAGAGUAUUACAGAAGCCGGAGAUGUAGCUCGUUGCCAAUAACAAGGGAGAAAACACUAGGGUAUCUUGUUAGACAAGGUACAACAAGCCCUAGAGGAGUACUUGGGCCAAGGAUACAAGUGUCGCCGCAAAGAAGAAAUGGAGUUUGGAAAGCGAAAGUGGUGAUCGGAAGUAAGCAGCUUGAAGAGAUUUUGGCAGUUGAAGGCAAUACACACGCUUUGAUUGAUCAGCUCCGGUUUGCUGCAGCAGAAGCUUUAGUUUCUUCAACCUCCGCCUCUGAGAUGGUCAGAGUUAAAAGUUUAUUGUCCAAGUCCCGAAAAAGACAAUGAGAACUACUUCUGUUAGGUUCGAUGAUUGCGUUUUUUUUAUGUGGCUUAUUUGUAAUCCUAGCAAAAAGUGUAUAUAGCACAAACAUUUGAUAAAUGAAAAAAAUAUCUUGUU